GGUGCGGCGCUUGGCGCUAGCUUUGCGAAUUGCAACACCAACGACUUUGUCGACUGGAUUCACGAUUGAACAUCCACUGAGCCUUCUCCUUUGUGCUUCAAAUACAGCAACGCUUCAUGAUGAAUAGGAUCAGGAUAAAAGUAAUGGAUCUUUCUGCGAGAACUUUUGUAUUUCAGAGGAUGUUAUUCGGAAAGAGAGGUCUGUCUCGAUCUCAAACAUCACCUAUCUGUCACCGCCUCUGCUCCUCCCAAGCAAAUGAAGGAGGGUCUUCUUUCAUGAGCAAUCUCCUUCUAGUCAUACCAGUAGCCGCCUUUGGUCUCGGAACGUGGCAAGUGCAGAGACGUAAAUGGAAGCUAGGACUCAUCAAGGAUCUGCAAGAGAGGUCUAAUGCCCCUCCCGUACCCUUGCCUCUAGAUUCCACAGAAUUGAAUGAACUUGAGUACAGGAGGGUCAGUGUCCGAGGGUCGUUUGACCAUAGUAGAGAGAUGUACAUUCUACCAAGGAGUCUAUUGAAAGCAGAUGAGGGCGGUCAUUCUGGUAGUCUGAUGGGUAGUGGAGAUACUGGUGUCCAUGUCGUCACCCCAUUCCACUGCUCAGACCUAGGUGUUGAUAUUCUUGUGAAUAGAGGAUGGGUUACAAGGAAAAACCAGGAUCCACAGAAAAGACUAGCUGGGCAGCAAACCGGUGAAGUUGACUUGGUGGGUUGUGUUAGAUUGACAGAAAAGAGGGCGCCAUUCAUGCCUAACAACGAUGAAGUGAAGAACAGAUGGCAUUAUCGUGAUCUUGAAGCCAUGUCGAGAGUUGCCAAUACGCUACCUAUAAUGAUCGAUGCUGAUUCAGCUAGCACAGUGCCUGGUGGACCUAUAGGAGGACAGACAAGAAUCAGUCUUAGGAACGAACACAUGCAGUAUAUAUUGACAUGGUACAGUUUGUCCCUCUUCACAAGUCUGAUGUGGUACUAUGGUGUCUACAAAAAGCGAAUUGUCGCACCGAGGAUAUAGAUUCAACAUUGAAGGGCUUGCGUCAACUCGUCAUGAUGAAGGAAUUUCCCUUUGGUGACCAUCCCAAUUGCAUUGCUGCUCUCAAAAUUCCCCUCGUACAAACGCUGUUACUGAGGCAGUUUCUCAACAAAUAGCUGUGCUCCCGAGGGCUUAUUUUGAGGGCUGCAACAUGAAAUCACAUUGCUGAGAUUGCUGAUUGGUACAACUGUGCAUUGUCUCAAUUGAUGCAGUCUAGUUAGGAAUUCUUGAUGAACUCAUGGUCGCACGGAACCAAAGGGUCCAAGUAUCUGUUCCUAUCAGGUAUUAAGCUGACUACACACUCUUGAGAGUUUAUAUUGCUACUAUGUAUGCAAUUUUUCUGGA